AUGUCGAACAACAAGGCGGAGGGGCGCCGCGAAGAGGCUCUCGCCAAGCAGCGCAACCUCAUGCGCGAGGAUUUCGAACGGCAGAAGCAGACCCUCAUCCAGGAAACGGAGAAGGCGCGACCAUCCUCAAACCGUUUCGUUGGGCAGAAUGAUUCCAUGGAGGACACGCUCAAGAAGAGCACCGUGGGUCUUGUCAAGCUGGAGGAGUUUCAGCAGCGUAGGAAGGAGUUGGAAGAGGCAAAGGCCCGUGAGGCUGCGCGCACGAACGAACUCAAGUAUUGGUUGCUUAGGGAUGAGAAGAAGGUGAAGAAACGCAAGAAGGCGGCCAAAGCCACACUCUCAUUCGCGCUGGACGAUGAUGAGGGCGAAAAUGACUCUCUGGUCAAUGGAGAUGAGCCUCCCGUGAAACGACCAAAGUCACGCAAGAAUCCUGAGGUAGACACCUCUUUUCUUCCGGACCGAGACCGGGAGGAGGCCGAGCGAAGGGAGCGUGAAGAGCUCCGCCAGGAAUGGCUGCGCAAGCAGGAAGAGCUCAAGAAAGAGGACAUCGAGAUCACGUAUUCCUACUGGGACGGAAGUGGGCAUCGUAAGAGUGUGAUGUGCAAGAAGAGCGAUACUAUUUCAGGCUUUCUUGAGAAAUGUCGACAGCAGUUCCCAGAACUGCGCGGCGUGAGUGUGGACAACCUUAUGUAUGUCAAGGAAGAUUUGAUCAUUCCCGGGCACUACACCUUCUACGACUUCAUCGUGAACAAAGCUCGUGGGAAGUCGGGUCCCCUGUUCAAUUUCGACGUGCAUGACGACAUUCGGCUACUGGCCGACGCAUCCGUCGAGAAGGACGAGUCCCACGCGGGCAAGGUGGUCGAGAGAAGCUGGUAUCAGCGGAACAAACACAUUUUCCCCGCGUCUCGGUGGGAGGUCUACGAUCCCGACAAGAACUAUGGGAAGUAUACCAUCUCAUAG